AUGAAGGGUUUGUUAUACUAUGGCAAAGACGAUUUGAGAUUCUCAAAUAAAAUUCCAAUUCCUCAAAUUAAACACCCAGAAGAAGUUCUAAUAAAAGUUCAUUGGUGUGGUAUUUGCGGUACUGAUUUAUUGGAAUAUUCAAAGGGUCCUGUGUUUUUCAGCAAAUGUGGUCAUCAACAUGGUCAUCCUAUUAGUGGUAAAAAAUUGCCACAAACUAUGGGCCAUGAAUUAAGUGGUGAAAUUGUUCAAAUGGGUCCAAGUGUUCACAAUAUCAGAAGUGACUUGAAAAAGGGUGAUUUAGUCGUGGUUGAACCCACAAACUAUUGUAAGGAUAUAUCAAGAUUUGAAUUGGAAAACAAUCAUCAACACAGUCCAUGUAUGGAAUGCGAGGCUUGUAAACUAGGCCUAACCAAUUUAUGUGAACAUAAUGGGUUAUUUGGUUUGGGUGUUCAUGAUGGUGGUUUGGCCGAAUAUAUUGUCGUCGGUGCUCAUCAUAUUGUCAAAGUUCCAGAUUUUGUUCCAAAUGAUUGUGCUGCUUUAGUUCAACCAUUGGCCGUAAGUUGGCAUGCUGUUAGAGUUAACAACUUCAAACCUGGCUCAACUGCCAUUGUGAUUGGUGCUGGUGCCAUUGGAUUAGGCUGUAUUUUAUCUGCUAAUGCCUUUGAUUCAUCUUUGGUGGUUUGUUCAGAACCUGCCAAAAUUAGAAGAGAGCAAGCUGAAUCGUUAGGUGCAGUUGCAUUUAAUCCAAUGGGACUCAAAAAUAACCUGGAAGCCAUUAAAGAACUCAAAAAGUUGACUCCAGAUCAAGCAGGUUUUGAUUUUGCCUUUGAUUGUUCAGGUAAUUCUAUAACAUUUGACACUGCUUUAAAAGUAUUAAAACCAAGAGGCACUUUGGUUAAUCUUGCUAUUUGGCCAGACAAGCCAAUCAACUUUUUUCCUAUGGAUAUGACUAGUGGCGAAAAGAGAGUGACUGGUUCAAUGUGUUAUACAAUUGAGGAUUUUGAAGGCAUAAUUGAUGCAAUGUCAACUGGCAAAAUUUCCAAAGAUCAUUUGAAAACUUUAAUUACUAAAAAAGUGGAAAUCGAGAAUGGUAUCAAUGGAGGAUUUCAUGAAUUGAUUGAAAAUAAAGAUAAACACAUCAAAAUUUUAAUAACUCCUAUGAAGAUUAACGAAGAUGGUGAAGCAGUUGAUUGA